GAGAGAUGCUCGGCGGGCGAGUGACAAGGGCAUGGAGCCAUGUCUGGCGUAGAAUGAGUAGCAGCAAGAAGUAUAUUCCUGGACUGGCAGAGGAAGAGCUCGGGUCGGAGGUGUCGGUCACGGGCUGGCUGGCUGGUGUCCGUCCAGCUGGACCGGCGACGGCGUUUGCAACUGUUCGCGAUCGUGAGGGCGUGAUUCAGGUUGUGGUCGACGGAAGCGCAGACGAACUGCCGCCACUCGAGUCUGUGGUGCAAGUGAAAGGGCGCAUCGAAGCGCGGCCGAGUCGGCAGAGGCGGACAAGUGCGGUGAAUGCGAUCGGCGAGCUGGAGAUCCAUGCCAAGGCCGAGGAGGUUGUGACGGUGGCGGCGGCAGCGAAGGAGCUCCCGAUGUCACUGGUGGCCAAGAAGAACGCACCGCUGCCGGCUGAAGCGUUGCGGCUGGCGAACCGGCAUCUGGACCUGCGGCGGCCGGAGCUGGUGGGCAACCUGCUCGCGCGAGCUGCGUUUCUCUCGGCCGCGCGGAGCGUGGUGGAGAGCGAGGGAUUUGUUGAGGUGGAGACACCGAUUCUGUUCAAGUCGACGCCUGAGGGCGCGCGUGAGUUUGUGGUGCCUGCGCGGGCAGUUCGUGGCGCGGCGUAUGCCCUCCCACAGUCGCCGCAGCAAUACAAGCAGCUGCUGAUGAGCGCCGGCAUCGAUCGGUACUACCAGGUUGCGCGCUGCUUCCGCGACGAGGACUCGCGGGCCGACCGGCAGCCCGAGUUUACCCAGCUGGAUAUCGAGGCCUCGUUUGUCACUGCUGGCGACAUCCAAGGACUCAUCGAGCGGGUGGUGAGUGCCGGCGUGCCGGCGUCGCUGCGGCGGGCAGCCGGGCACCGGCCGCAGCUUGCGGAGCUCGCCGCCGACGCGUCGGCACUGUCUGGCUUGCAGCAUCCGUUCCCGCGGGUGAGCUACGCACAAGCGAUGGCCGAUUACGGGUCGGACAAACCGGAUAUGCGGUCGCGCGAGGCGCUGCUGCAGACUGCCGAUGGGCUCGUCGGGUUCCGUGUUGCCAAGCUUGCGGGCGCACUAUCGAAGCGCAAGCUGGGCGAGGUGGCGCGGCCGGACGGCGACGUCGAGAUGGGCAAGGGCGCAUACGUGCUGGGUGUGCCUAGCGACGACGCGGUGGCGGCACGGAACAAGGUGUUGGCUCUUGGCGGCAGCGAGACCAGCCUUGGGCGGCUGGCCGAGACCUUUGGAGCCGAAGCGGGCGACGCGCUGGUGGUAGCGCCCGAGGCGAUGCGGCCGACUCUGGGCAAGCUCCGGCUCCACGCACUGAAGAUGGCGGCCGAGGCGGGGGUGAGUCAGCCUGUGGCGCACUCGGCGACCAACUUUACAUGGAUCACCGACUUUCCUCUGUUCGAGGUCGACGCCAGCUCUGGCGCGAUCGCGUCGGCGCAUCACCCGUUCACCGCGCCGCACGUGGACGACGUCGAGCUGCUUGCGGAGGGCAUGGCGGCGUACAAGGCGACAGGCGAGACGAAGCAGCUGCUUGAAGUCCGGGCGCAGAGCUACGACCUGGUGCUCAACGGGGCGGAGCUCGGCGGCGGCUCGAUCCGGAUCCACCAGCCCGAGCUGCAGCGGGCAGUGCUCCGCGAUGUGCUCGGCGUGACAGAGCCGGAUGCGCUCUUUGGGCACCUCCUCCGUGCGCUCGGCCACGGAACGCCGCCGCACGGCGGUGUUGCGCUCGGCAUCGACCGCCUCAUGGCAACGCUUCUCGACACCGGAAUUCGCGACGUGAUCGCCUUUCCCAAGGCCGGCGGCGGGCGUGACUUGCUCACCGGCGCGCCGUCGACUGUCGAUCUGAGCGAGUACCUCGCGACCAAGUAGCUAUGGCUGGCUAGCUAUGGCUGGCUGGCGAUGGAGUGCAAGUCAUUCGAUGGUCUCGUUGAGUGUUCGCGAAGGCUGUGCAUAUUUUUGAGCCGCAAGAUAGGCGGUCGUGGAAAAGUGACAGGGAAAUGGGC